AUGAAAUAUUAUAAGCAAGGACAAUUACUUUGUUACAUUGGAACAUGGAUGCCUUUUGUUAUAUUGGUCACGAUAUUUCUAUUCUUCUAUGGAGUGUAUAUGUAGACCUACUUGUUGCCCCGAAUAAGAUCGGAGUACAUUGAAAAACCAGUCAUAGAAAUAAACACUUACUUGAUUCAAUUAGUACACAUCAAUGACUAUGUCUUCAGCAAUUCAACUGUAGUAAUUACAGUAUUAUUGCAUACAAUACUUGUUCUAUUUUUAAUUACAUUAAUAAGAGUAGUAACAACAUUGCCUGGGAAAGUGCCUAAGGAAUGGCUGAACAGAGUGGAGGGAGAGAUCAACAAGAUGAUAGAGAAUGAGGAGAAUAUGAUCAAUUUUCACAAGAAGGGAUCACAAACAUCAACAUCCUUCUCUUCAGAAAUAGAUGAUGAACAACGAUUGCAAUUAAAUUCUAAAGCAAGGUUGGAAUUGAUAGAUAAGUCUGGUCAUCGGUUUUGUAAAGAACUGUUAGGCAUUUAAACCAAAACGUUGCCAUCAUUGCCGUUAAUGUAAGACAUGCUGGUUGAAAAUGGAUCAUCAUUGUCAAUGGCUCAACAAUUGCAUAGGUUACAACAAUUAUAAAAUGUUCAUCAAUUUACUCGGUUAUUCAUGGUUGCUAAUAAGUUUUAUAAUGAUAACUUAUAGUCGUUGCUAUUAUGAUACCCUUAAUUCAUAUUCAUCUGAUAGUAAACUAUUCCUGGUUUCUUUCACUUUUCUGUAUUGUAGUUUUUUGUGGAUACUCUUAACAGCCUUCACAUUAUUCCAUUUAUGAUAAAUAGGGCUAUCAAAUCUAACAUCACAACCCUUGAAUAUUGCGAAAAUAAACCCAGACUACCAGUUCAGAAGAGUGCUUUAGAGAAUAUUGUCGAAGUGUUCGGCAUCAAUCCUCUAAUUUGGUUCUUACCCAUUUAACCAAAUACGAAACCAAUAUUGGAUUGAAAAAAAGAUAAAUAAAUUUACAUAAUCAUAUAAUUAUAUUUUU